AUGCGUGCCACCGUCUUGUCCUUAAUUGCUGUUGCCACUCUGGCCACCGCUCAGUCUGGUUCCAUUCCCAGCUGUGCCACUUCUUGCAUCACCCAGGCCCUUCCCGCCGACUGCAAACUGGACCCUAAAUGUAUCUGUGCCGAUGCCAGCUUCAUUAGCACCAUCUCAUGCUGUGUCUCCACUGCCUGUGAUCUCAGUGGUCAGCAAGCUGCUCUCGCCUAUGCCAAACAGAUCUGCGCCCCCGUUGGCGUGACCAACCUCCCUACCGCUGCCUCCUGCGCCGCAACUGCUGCUUCAUCAGGAACCAGCGCCGCCGCCGUCGCAACCGCUUCUGGAAGUUCUGCUUCAUCCUCGCUCUCAUCAGCAACCCAGUCCAUUUCCUCUCUGGCCUCGUCUGCCAGCCAAAUCGCUUCCUCGGCAUCGAAGAGCGCAAGUAGCGCUGCAGUGUCUGUAAGCUCUUCUGCUAGCUCGGCUGCCCGCUCGGCAAGCAGCUCGGCCGCAAGUGCUGCUUCAGGGGCAACUUCGUCGGCUCAAGCACAGUCUACCGGCGCUGCUCCUACUUUGAGUCCCAUGGGUUUCGCUGGUGUUGCUGCUCUUGGUGCUUUUGCGCUUUUGUAG